UGAAAACAGACGACGCGUUGUUUUGUUUUUACUUUCUCUCGAGCCUUCAAUGAAGUGUCGAAGUGUCAGUUGCUGCCGCGUGCUGUUGUCUUUUGUUGUCUUACUAGUUGUAUGUUAAUAACAUUAAAAUAUAAUGUAUUAUUUUUCGUACAUGUUGUUAUUUCUUAUGGUAUUUCUAGAUUUUUCCGAAGAACAACAACAUGUUAAUUGGUUUGAAAAUUUGCCAGCAGUUGCGAUGGAUUACAAAGUUCAUAUAGAUCCUGGUAAAGAAGAUUGCUACUUUCAAUAUGUGAAUCCUGGUGCUACGUUCUACGUUAGUUUUCAGGUGCUACGAGGAGGUGAUGGCAUGGCAGGGUUUGCGGUGAGACAUCCCAAUGGCCAGAUCGUUCACCCAUACCAGUGGCGGGCACACUCUGACUACCAGGACCACCAGUCCACUGGUGGCUACUACAGUGUGUGUAUCGACAAUCAGUUCUCACGUUUUGCUGACAAACUGGUCAAUCUAUAUAUUUCCGUUUUAAGAUAUGACCAAUGGGACCAGUACACAAAGGAGAUGACGGAGCUCAAUGUUAGCGUUGAGAAUUUCACAUCAGCGAUAAUGACGGUGGAACGGAACAUCAACGAGAUGCUGCAACAUCAGAACCACCUGCGGGGUACUGAAGCCAGAGACUACAACCUGAUCUCAGAUAACAACAACUACGUGCUCAACUGGUCUCUGGUUCAGAUCAUGGUGAUAGUUGGCACCACUGUGCUGCAGGUGCACUUUGUCCGACGACUCUUCGAGGUUAAGCCCGGCAAGCCGCGUGUGUAGACCACGUAAGAUUUGGCACAUACUCGCAAAAAAUAGUACUCACUUGGAAAUACUGAUUUCUUUGUAACUUCUGCGAUCAUAACACAGUACUCAAGUACUGUUAUGAUUCAAGUUGGAUUUAAAAUCCGAAGUACUUUGUCAUUUGAAUUGAUUUGAUCAGCAGUUAUAGUUAUAUGAGAAUAUAAAAUGAUUAUGGAUACAACGAUGUACGUAAUUAAACAUGCAUUUUUAUUUGCCAGUUUUGUAAUGUUAAAACCACAGAAAAAAAACCAUGUCUACUUAUUGAACAGAUAGAACUAAAAUAUUGUAUUCAAUACUUAAAGAAAACACUGUGAAAUGUCAACAUGUUGUGUUGACUGUAAAAUAAUGUACAUAAUAUAUUUUAUGUAUUUUUGCGCAAUACGGUAGAUAUUUUCUAUGCCUAAAGGCUGAUAUUAGACGGUAAAACGCAAAAAGAUGUCCACCAUCCCACCAUUGAAUAGUCAUGACUUGCGGAAGUGGCUUGUUUGUUUUCGAUAGUUCUUUGGAACUCAGAAAAAGACUUGAAUCUCAUUGUUAUUGAUAGGUUGUAAAAAUUGUUUGUUGGACCAUAAUAUUUGUAGGUUGUUGGGAUAAUUUUAGUUGUAUAUUACACUGUAUUAGUGUUUGUAAUUGUUGGAGAAGCGUGAUAAUAGUGUUUUCAAGUUUUGGAUAUCAUUAUAAAGUGCAAUUUAUCUCA